AUGGGAAAAAGGAAGAGAGAUAAAGAAAAAGAUGAAGUUUAUAUUAAGAAAAAGAUAAAAAAACUUCAAGAAAAGCUGCAAAGACAUUCCGUCGAACCAGAUCGCAGUUCUACUCCUCCUGUACAACCGCAGUCGAAGACUCCGCAGCAGCCGCCGACAGAAAACUCUUCACCAUCACCGGCGUCUUCACCGUUGCAUACUAGGCCACACGAUGACCCUGAUAUAAAUGCAGAAAUUGUGGACGAUGAACUCCCUGAGGAGUUCCUACUUGCUCUGGGGACUGAAGGUCAGGAACAGGCAGAAGUUGGAAACCCUAUCAGACCUGAAUUGGCCUCCCGCUGGACAAAAAUUAUGAAUGACGGCUUGGGUAAAGAGGCUAGAGAAGCAAUUGUGAAAAAAUACCCUCCACCAGCCAAUUUUUCUGCUGCAAUAGCACCGAUAAUUAAUCCAGAGAUUGCGUCUACACUCUCAGAUCCCUCGGUCAAAAGAGAUAAAAGGAUUAUGAUAAGACAGGGCUUAACAGGCACAUUAUUGUCUUGCCUAGGAAAAUGCUUAACUGACGUUUUACUAGGAAAUAUUAACUCCAAAAAGUUAAUUGAAGAAAUCAAUGACGCUGCGAAGUUGGCUGGGGAAAUCCACCACCAUGAUUCAAAUUCGAGAAAAUUCUUUUGUUUGGCUGGAGCGAAUAAAACCAUCCAAGAUGCCAUUCGUCAUCAAAAGACCGAUAAGUUUUUAUUUGGUACAGAUUGUGCUGACAAGAUCAGAGCUGCACAAACAAUCCAGAAAACUUCAAAUACUAUUAAGAACCAUCCAGAGAAAGAAAAGAAGCAGCAGAAACAAGCAGCAAAUAACAAACAGUUCAAGCAGUUAAACUGGAAGAGCCCACCACAAUACAGUCAGCAGAAUCAUCGGAUGCGUGGUGGGCAACAAUACCAUCAACCCCGGAAGCACUACAACCAGCCUCACCGGAAAGAGAGACACAGCUCCCACAAGCAGAGGUCCAGAUAUCACCGAUAG